CGUCUAAUCUCCGCCAUCAACAAACCCUAGAAGAAUCUGAUUCACGUAACAAAGCUGCUCCUUUCCAUUUCUCUCUUUCCUGAACACCUUUGUUAUCUGUUCCAAUUUUCUCAAAGAAAACAAAAGGAUCGGUGGAAAUGGCAGAUGGAACGAUCGUCAAUGGUGGAAUUAAUGAUGAGGCGGGGGAGGAUUUCUACGAUCCCGAUCAAGGCGAGAGCAUCAGGGGCGGUAAGGUGAUGGAAUUGAAUCGCAAGAUCGAACAACUGGAGAGCGAGAAGGUGGAACUUGUGCGACAGAACCAAGAGUCCGAGGAGAGGAUGGAGAAGCUCACCGGCGAAAUGGAAAAAUUGAGAAGCGACGAAGAGGUGAUGAAGCGGGGUCUGGAAGAGAUGAGGAGCGAGAUCGAACAGUCGGACGAGGAAAAGAAGCUGUUCGAUACCUUUGUGGCAAGGAAUCUGGAGCUCGAGACGGAGGUCUCGAGGCUACAGCACGAGUUGAUCACCUCCAUGACAGACAGUGACGAAGCCAACGCCGAGAUAGUGGAGUUAAAGAAUCUUUUGGCUGAAAAAGGAGCGCAGGCGGAGGAAUUGGAGAAGGAACUGGAGAAUUUGAAGAAAGAGAAGGCUGAGAGCGAAAAGAAAGAGAGGGAAUUAGAGAGGAAAAUUGGAGUUUUAGAGGUGAAGGGAACGGAGGAAAGGAGCAAGAAACUGAGGGUGGAAGAGGAGAUGAGGGAGAGGAUUGACGAGAAGGAGACGGAGAUUAGUGCGCUUAAGAAGAAGGUUGACGAUUUGGUGUCGGAGUUGGCGAAGCGCGGGGUGGAGUUGGAGAAUUGGAAGUCUGAGAAGAAGAGAACGGAGGAAGCAUUGAAUGAAUCUGAGGAGAGGGUGAGGACAAUGGAGUUGAAGAUCAUUCAGACAGAUGAGGCGAGGGAGGCCGAGAAGGUGAUUGGUGGGUUGAAAGAGAGGAGUGUUGAGGCCAUCAACGGAAUUCCCGCAGACAACAUUGAUGGGGGGCGAAAGGGAUCAGAGUUGCAGUGGCCAUUGGUGGCCGCUGGCUCUACUGGAGCUAUUGCACUAGCGAGUGCUCUCUUGUAUGUUUACUACAGGAGGCGUAGCUGAUUGCAAGGUGGAGAUAGAGGAUUAAGUAGAGGUUAGCUUUUAUCAGUUGCAAACAGCUUUCCAAAUUUUGAUAGGGGGAAUUGUUUUUCUUGAAUUUACUUUUGAGUCUAUGGAUAGAGAUUUACUCUAAUUUUUGGCCUGGUUUGUUUUUGAUUGUUGGCUGAUAUCUUUUUCUUAUUGGGUUUUGGAGAAAAGUAAAUCUCACGAACUGCGUAUAGUUUGAAGAAAUUAUGAUAGUUUUGCUUAUUUCAGUUGUUAGAGAUGACUUUGUUAUUCUAUAUGUGUUGAACUUAAAUUGCAACCGGA